AAACAAACCCUCUCCGGUGUUGUAUUGCGAUAUUACUCACUGUAAAGUUAUAAUUUCUAUCGUUAGUAAUUUAUUUUGUAACUUUGCAAGUUGAAAUAGUUAAAAAAAAAUUUAAUAUGCCUCAAUCUAACAAAAAAUGCCAUUGUGGACCUGGUUAUGCCACUCCAAUGGAUGCAGUUAAAAAUGGCCCAAAAGAGAAACUAUUAUAUGUUGUAACUGUUCAACCUAAUAUUGAUGAACCUCAUGGGGAUUACUUGUCAACAGUUGAUGUUGACCCUUCAAGUCCAACAUAUUGUCAAGUGAUACAUCGUACUUUCACAAAUAAUAAAGGAAACGAAUUACAUCAUAGUGGAUGGAAUGCUUGUUCAAGUUGCUAUGAAAUUGAUCCAAAUUCAGAAAAAAUUCCAAAACGUGAUAAAUUAGUUUUACCAUGUUUAAUUUCUGAUCGAAUUUAUAUUAUUGAUGUUGGAAAAGAUCCAAGAAAACCAGAAAUUUAUAAAGAAAUCGAUGGCGACGUAUUAAAAUCGGUUAAUUGCAGUGCCCCGCACACAACACAUUGCUUAGCUGACGGUAAUGUAAUGAUUUCAACAAUGGGUGAUGCUAAAGGAAAAGCGAAAGGAGAGUUUGUUCUAUUCGAUUCAAAUUUUAAGUGCAUUGGUACUUGGACAAAAGGUGAAAAAAUAGCACUAUGUGGUUACGAUUAUUGGUAUCAACCGUAUUUUGAUGUAAUGGUUUCGUCCGAAUGGGGUGCACCUGAACUAUUUCGAAGAGGUUAUCAACCGUCAGAUUUGGAUGAUAUGACACAAUACGGAAAACGCUUAAACUUCUAUCAAUGGUCAACUCAAAAAUUAAUACAAACGAUUGAUUUAGGUGAAGAAGGAACUACACCAUUGGAGAUAAGAUUUUUGCAUAACCCAAAAGAACCUCAAGGUUAUGUCGGAACAGCCCUGUAUUCGAAAAUUUAUCAUUUUAAAAAGAAACCAAACUCAAUGGAAUUUGAAGCCAAGAAAGUGGUUGAUAUUCCAAUAAAAAAAAUUAAAUUACCUGAUGGUUCAGAACAAUCACUAAAUGGAAUGUUAACAGACAUUUUAAUAUCUCUUGAUGAUAAAUUUUUAUAUUUGAGUAAUUGGUUGCACGGGGAUGUUCGUCAGUAUGACAUAUCAGAUCGUGAACACCCCAAAUUAACAGGACAGAUAUUUCUUGGAGGAAAAAUUCAAAGUGAUUCCGGAGUUAAACUAUUAAAUGAAAAUAUUAAAUUACCUGAACCAACGAUUAUCAAAGGACGGCGUCUAUAUGGAGGACCACAAAUGCUGCAGUUAUCAUUAGAUGGCAAACGUCUUUAUAUUUCAUCUUCGUUAUUUUCACCAUGGGAUAAACAGUUUUAUCCUGAAAUGGUUCAACACGGUGGAACAAUAGUCCAAGUUGACUGUUUACCCAAUGGCGGAAUGCAAUUAAAUGAAAACUUUUUAGUUGAUUUUGGUAAGAAUGAGCCAUAUGGUCCCACACUUCCACAUGAAAUGCGUUACCCCGGUGGAGAUUGUACAUCAGAUAUUUGGUUAGCUAAGGAUUAAAUAUAAUUACCAAAAUACAAUUAUUAGAUACAAAGAAUUAUAAAAAUUAAAAUGAAUAUAAUAAAGCACUUACAAGCUGAUAA